AUGGCUCUCGAUCUCAUUGAUGGCUUCAAUCCAGCCAACGAGCUGGGGGCCAACGGCCAUGACCUGCCCAUCUUCACCGUGGAGGCGGCGCAACUCGGCUUCUCAGUAACGGCCGACUUUGUCGCCGCCCAAGUUGCCAACGAUGUCAUGAUCCUGGCUCUGUCCAACGGCAGAAUUCUACGUAUCGAUCUGAACAGACCGGAAGAUAUUGAUGACAUCGACCUACCCAAGAAGACAUCCGAAGUUGGCGUGAUUUCCCGCAUGUUCCUCGACCCUACCGCAUCACAUCUAAUUGUCUGCACAUCUCUUGGCGAAAACUACUAUCUUCACUCGCAGUCGCGUCAGCCUCGGCCACUAGGACGACUUCGCGGCGUCUCGAUCGAAAACAUAGCAUGGAACCCUUCCCUGCCCACUGCGUCUACCCGGGAAAUCCUUAUAGGCGCAUCCGACGGCAACAUAUACGAAACAUUCAUUGAAGUGUCCAACGAAUUUUACAAAAAGGAAGUCAAACACCUGAAGAAUCUCCACAAGCUUCCGGACGGACCGAUCACGGGUCUUUGGGUCGAUAACUUGGACGGUCGAUCGGACUUGCGCAGAGUCAUCAUAGCUACACAAAGCCGGCUGUUUCACCUUGUUGGUAAGAUAGGCACUGGUAGCGAUGGCAGUGGCUCCGUGUACUCGCGGCUGUUUGAGUCAGAACACCCCAUCAUUCAUGAAAUCUCGCGCAACUCGGCGGCGGCGCAUUCCUCAUUGGCGGUGUCACCUGAUCCGCGAGAGACCGAACCAUACCAAGACCAAAAGCAAGAGAAGGCAUACGCUUGGCUGUCAUCGCAAGGCAUCUUCCACGGAACACUGCUGGAGUCACCGGCUGAGCAGACCCUUGGCUCCAAGGUCUUUGCGGAGUCGAAGACGCUUUCACGUUCUCACAUCUUCUCGGACCCAUCAGGGAAAAAGAAGGCUGGGCCGGAUAACAUUGAUGCCAUGGCCUUGACGCAGUGGCACAUCAUCUGCUUGCUUGGAGGCCGAGUGGUGACUAUCAACCGUCUUACGGGCGAAACAAUAUCCGAACACGAUGUUCUGAAGAGUGGUCAAAGAGCGAUUGGGUUUGCGGUCGACAUGCAAAAGUACACAUUUUGGCUAUUCACAGGCCAAGAGGUCUUCGAAAUCGUGCCAAACGACGAAGACCGCAACAUCUGGAAGAUCUUGAUGGACUCGCAGCAUUUUGAAGCGGCACUCCAGCAGGCGCAUGGCCAGGACCAGAAAGAGACUGUCGCUGCGGCUUACGGUGACUACAUGGCCAAGAAAGGAAACUGGAAAGAGGCGGCAGCUCUGUACGGAAACAGCAACAAGCCUUUCGAGGACGUGGCCCUUCAGAUGAUUGAUAAUGGCCAGCAUGAUGCACUACGCAGCUUCAUGCUUACCAAGCUGGCAGCCACCAAGCGAACGGCAAUUAUGCAGAGAAUGAUGAUUGCCGGCUGGCUCAUCGAGAUCUUCAUGGCCAAGCUCAACUCGCUGGACGACACCAUCGGCACGCAAGCGGAAUUAUCCGAAUCGCUGAACGCUGGUGAACCUCAAAAGCUCCUGCAAAGCGUGAGAAAACAGUUCCAGGAAUUCGUCGUGCGCUCUAAAAACGAUCUGGAUAAGAAGACAGUGUAUGACAUUAUCAGCAGUCAUGGACGGGAAGAAGAACUAUUAUUUUACGCCAACUCGGUCAACGACUACCAAUAUGUGCUCUCAUACUGGGUACUGCGCGAGAAUUGGACUAAAGUUCUGGACGUUUUGAAGCGACAGACGGACCCGGAAGCCUUUUAUCGUUACAGCACCGUUCUCAUGACACAUGCGCCACAAGAGACUGUCGAAAUCCUGAUGCGGCACGCGGAUCUCAAGCCAAGAAGCUUGAUUCCAGCCCUACUGGAGUAUAGCCGUUCAUAUCCUAACGAAGCACAUGCGAAAAACCAAGCAAUCCGGUAUCUGAACUAUGCCAUUCAUCAGCUCAAUUCUAAAGACUCUGCCAUCCACAACACACUCAUCUCUAUCUACGCCUCCAACCCGUCCAAGGACGAAUCUGGGCUGCUUUCAUAUUUUCAGGCACAGGGUGACGAGCCGCGCUACGACCCCGAUUUUGCUCUGCGCCAAUGCAUCCAGCAUCACCGCACUCUUUCCUGCGUCCACAUCUACACUAGCAUGGGCCAGUACUUGCAGGCGGUGGACUUGGCCCUCUCACACAACGAAGUAGAGCUGGCCGCCGUGAUUGCAGACCGACCCAUCACGAAUCCGCAGCUCCGAAAGCGGCUGUGGCUUGCCGUCGCGCGCAAAGUCAUAUCGCAGUCGGACGGCAUCAAGUCUGCGAUUGAAUUCCUGCGGCGCUGCGAGCUGCUCAAGAUUGAAGACUUGAUCCCCUUCUUCCCCGACUUUGUGGUGAUUGACGACUUCCGAGAGGAGAUUUGCGAGGCGCUGGAGGAUUACAGCCGCAGCAUCGACGACCUCAAGAAGGAAAUGGACGAAUCGUCGCAGACGGCGGCCAACAUCAAGAUGGACAUUGCCGCGCUGGACCACCGCUACGCCAUCGUGGAACCCGGCGAAAAGUGCUACGUGUGCGGCCUGCCGCUUCUCAGCAGGCAGUUCUUCGUCUUCCCCUGCCAACACGCAUUCCACUCGGAUUGCAUGGGCCGCAAGGUGCUAGAGCAGGCCGGCGUAGGAAAGUCGGGACGCAUCAAGGACCUGCAGCUGCAGAUCCACAGAGGACUUGUGAGCGGCGCAAAGAGAGACGCUGUUGUGGCAGAAUUGGAUUCUCUGGUCGCUUCGGCCUGGUGA